AUGGCAUUACCGGUUGCACGCCGGAGUGUGAAUAGUCCUGGAUACGUACUUGCUCGCUUCUUUGCGGAGGAAAGGCGGUAACUGAAGUAGUUUCUGGGAUUGGUUAUGCUAAUCCUGAAAUAGUGGUGAAUAGGCAAGCUCGUGCUGAUCAUAUGGAGAGACUGAGGGAAACGGUGGAAUAUAUGCAGCACAAGAGAAGAAUCGCACGGUGCUGUACUGAAGAAAGAAGAAUUGUAUGAUGUAUGAGUAAAAUAUGGCUGUGACACUGCAUACUGACUUGGGGGAAAUUAAAAUAGAACUUUUCUGUGAAAGAGCACCAAAGGCAUGUGAGAAUUUUCUAGCCCUUUGUGCCAGUGACUACUACAAUGGUUGUGUAUUCCUCAGAAACAUCAAGGGAUUCAUUGUGCAGACAGGGGAUCCAUCAGGCACUGGAAAGGGAGGAAACAGUAUAUGGAACCGAAAGUUUGAAGAUGAAUUUAGCGAGCAUUUAAAGCAUAGUGUCCGAGGGAUUGUUUCUAUGGCAAAUAAUGGUCCCAAUACAAACUCAUCACAGUUUUUUAUUACAUAUGGAAAGCAACCUCAUCUCGAUAUGAAGUACACGAUCUUUGGAAAAGUAAUUGAUGGCUUUGAAACACUGGAUGAACUAGAAAAGUUACCUGUUAAUGAAAAGACAUUUAGACCACUUACUGAUGUGCGCAUUAAAGAUGUUGCUAUUCAUGCCAACCCUUUUGCACCUUAAUCGAACUGAUGUUCACUGUGUUAAUGAAAUAUGAAAUGUUUACCAAAGAAUAAGUGAACAUUUGCGUUUCCGAAGACUUUAUCAAAGAAACCUGGUAACUCAGCAUAAUGUAUUUAUAUUUGUACAAGCCCUUUAUCUUAAAUAUUAGUCACAAAACUUCAAGUGUGAAUAGCUCUGAAGGUGUUAACUUUAUUUUGUUAUCAGAUUAGCAUAUCUGCUGCCGUAGGUAUAUAGUGAAUGUUACAAUGUGUCCACUUUAUAGCUUUUGAAUAAAAACAUGUUUAUCAAAACAAAACAAGUUCUUUUUAA